UUUUUUUUAGUAAUGCCCAUGGUGAGGGUUAGACCCAAAAAAAACUUUAAAUUUGGAAACUGUAAUUGGUUUCAAUGCAAAUGGUCUGGCAAGGUUUGAAUUUGGGUUGGGGGGCGAUAAAUUGUUGUGCGUAUAAAUUGCUUUGAUCCACAAUAAAUCCAUACAGAUGUUCUGUGAAAAACAGCUUAAAAAAAGGGGAGUUGUUAAAAUUGCUCUUUCCACCUGAAUUCUGGGUUGGGCAGUGAAUGGGGGAAGUAUGGGUGCUGCAGAAUUUGUGGUCUGCCAAUCAGGAUUUGCAAGCACAUCCAGAAGGAUAUUAGGGGCUCUACGAGCCUGUGUGCGAAUUCUUAGUGGCUGCAGGACAAGACAAUACUUGUGCUCGCCACCGCACCAGCUUGUACUGCACUUAUUGGACUCGCCACGUCACCAAGUCAUACUGCAGUGCUGGUAU